AAAGAAAUAUUGCUUCUCAAAACUAAAUAAAUAAAUAAAUAAAUACUGAAUUUUCAACCAUUAAUAAAUAUAAACAGCGUUUGCGUGUGUGUACAACAACCCAACCAUUCAAGUACGUGGUACAUACCGCAAAAAUUACAAUAAAGUGAAUAACUAAGUGCAGCAGACGAUCAGAUCGGCUGAAUCAGAAAUGAACAGCGUUGACGGCGCACCCAAUGCCACGAUUUUAGCUGAGGGAGCCCCAACACGCGCGACAGUAACGACCGGCGAAACCAUAAAUAGUACUACUACAACUACUACUACUAAUGUCGCUGCUGUUGUGAGUGCGAAAACAACAGAGCCUACAACAAUAAUAGCGACAGCAACAACCAUAACGUCAAACGCAAUAAAAACAACAGCAGCAUUUGCUGAUGCAACCGACGACGACCGAUUCCACGAAAUCGAACCGAAAAAUGUAUCAGUUUGCGCCGUUGAAGAGCAGCCAUGGCAACGGCCUAAUGAAUCGCCAAUAAUGCCAAUAAAUGAAAAAACAAAUCCCAAAACAGUAGCAACACCAAUCGAAUCAGCAGCACCAGCACCAGCAACAAAACCAAUAAACACAAUGGGUAACACUAAAACAACAAAUAAUGAAACAUCAGACAACACAUCAGCAACAACACCAGUUAUGCAAGCAACACCAGUAACGACGGCCCCAGCACCAGAAACCGCACCGCCGACGACGGCAACCGAUACAACAAUAAAAAUUAAAAAUACAGAUGCCAAUGAUGUUGAAAUGACAGAUAUGGCAACCCCAGAGGGCAACAAUGGCGACAAUGCAAGCGAGUGCACAGCCUGCGAUAUCACCACCGCCGGCACUGCCGUCAUUGAUAACAAAGCCGACGACGAUGUUAAGCCACAACCACCAUUAUUGACAACAGCGGAAGGCGAUAAUUGGAAACUCAAUGAGAUGGAAUUGUGUCGCUGUUGUGGCAAGCCCAAUGUCACGCUCUAUGAUCUCUUUCCCAACGGCAAUGCAGACGUUAGCAGCAGCAGCGUUGAUGAUGAAGGGGAGAAGAAUGAGGGAAAGGCGGCGCAAGUUGGGGAAAAAGAGCAGAGCAAUGAAAUUCUAAACGCGGAUGCAGCAGCAGAUACUGAAAUACAAGUAUUGGAAAAAGAAUCAAACGAUGUUGUUGUGUAUGAUGUAGAGGACGCGCUGCAGGCGAGUGUAGUUGACACGAAGGCGAAAAAUGGAGCAGAAAUAAAGCAGAAAGCAACCACUGACGCGACCGGCUCAUCCGUCAAAGAUGCAACAAAAGCAACAACUAAUGACAAGUCGAAGAUCGAUUGCGAGACGGCGAACACACCAAAACUUUGUUAUCGUACAAUUGCUGCUUCUAUCGCUGCGGCGGCUGCAGCAGCCACAGCUACAACGUCCACAGAUACAGCUACAGCCAAUACCACGACCACUAGCGCCAGCGCCAGCGCGAUCAUACGUCAAAGCGACGAUCCCACCUGCCAAACAACCAAUGACCCAAUUAUUGAUGCUGCCACCAGCAAUGAUGUUGGUGAGUGUGGUCGUCGUCGUGGUGACGACGGUGAUGCUGUUGCUGAUCCUAAUGCCGCUCAAGCUGGUGCCGGUGCUACGCGUGUGAAAAAAUCUGCAACAGCAGACAUGGUUAAUGCUACUACGUCGAUGACGACGACUACCACGACGACGACGACAACGACAAAGAAACAUGCCGUUGAUGCUGCCAACAACAAUAGCAACGUCAAAGAGUCAAAUAACGCCAAUGGCCAGGGACAAAAUAGCGACGACAUGGAGAAUAUAUUGCAAGAGAUGCAAAUUUGGCAACUAUGG